GAAUGAGCUUUCAGUAGACAAGACUAAAAAGAAGAAAAGAAGAGAACUGACUGAGGAACAGAAGCAAGAAAUUAAAGAUGCCUUUGACUUGUUUGAUACAGACAAAGAUAGAGCAAUAAAUUAUCAUGAAUUAAAGGUGGCAAUGAGAGCCUUGGGUUUUGAUGUGAAAAAAGCUGAUGUACUGAAAAUACUUAAAGAUUAUGAUCGAGAAGCAACAGGCAAGAUCACCUUUGAAGAUUUUAAUGAAGUUGUGACAGACUGGAUAUUGGACAGAGACCCACAAGAAGAAAUACUCAAGGCAUUCAAAUUGUUCGAUGAUGAUGACUCUGGUAAAAUAAGCCUGAGAAACCUGCGCCGGGUUGCUAGAGAACUUGGUGAAAAUAUGUCUGAUGAAGAACUGCGGGCUAUGAUUGAAGAAUUUGAUAAGGACGGAGAUGGAGAAAUCAAUCAAGAGGAGUUCAUUGCUAUUAUGACUGGAGAUAUUUAGCAUCAUAAGAAAAGAAGCGAACUGAGCACGAAAAGGAGGAAUCAUUGACAGCUUCCAUUACAAUGUUGUGUACUUCCUUUCAUUUCUGUAGCUGAAGCAAUGCAGAAAAUUACUUUCCUCAUAGGACCAAAGUAAAGACAGCUUAUAUGCACUGAUAGUUCAGUAUGUUGUACCACUAGAUAUUAUCACUGGAAUAAUUGGUAUAUCAUUUUAGAACAAGUAAGUUAUGCUGCAUUUCGGAAUGUUUUGAGUACUCAUUUGUACAAUAGCUUUGUAUAGGAUUUUUAAAUUGUAUCAUAUUAUAGGAACCUUUUGAGGUUGACUUUGUGUUAGCAUUAGCUGUGGCCUUAGUUUUGAUACAUGAGGUUUGACAAACUUCCAUUUUAAUAAAAUAUUCUUUACUA